CAGAUCGUAUCAUGGAUACCUGUGGAUCUCGCCGCCGCUACCAUCGUUGAUAUGUGCGAUAUUGCAGCGGAUACGCUACACCUUGUCCACCCGCAGCCGGUCAGAUGGAACGCCAUCAUGGAGCCACUUGCGUCGAAACUCAAUGUCCCUCUGGUCCCGUACGUUGAAUGGCUUGCUCGCCUUGAGAGUCUGGCAGAAGAUGGAGAUGUGCAUGCCACGCAUGCGGGCAAAAACGACAAGGCAGCGCUACGUCUUCUAUAUGUCUACCGAAAGGCCUUGGCGACGCCGGAGCGACUGGAGGAAAGUAUGGGUUUGAUGCCACGGGUUGCCAUGGACAAAGCUGUACGUAUCUCGCGUAUUCUUCAGGAAGGGAGCACACAGCAACUGGGACCGGAAGAUGUAGAAAGGUGGCUCUCAUAUUGGCGUGUUACGGGAUUCAUGCGCAGCAGCUGA